AGUGCGCCUAGCGCCGCUCCUGGCGGCGAGUGCAACACGGGCCCCAUCCAGUGCUGCGACCAAGUCGCGCCCGCCAACAGCACGCAGAUGAGCAGCAUCAUCUCGGCAAUUGGCAUCGGCUUGGACGUCCUGGGGGGCUUGGGCGACAGCCUCGUCGCAACCUCGUGCUCGCCGAUCGACGUGCUGUCCUUGGGAGGCGGGGCCGAGUGUAAUCAAAGCCCUGUGUGCUGCAACAACAAUGACUACCAGGGUCUGAUCAACAUCGGCUGUGUUCCUAUCCAACUUUGA